AUGUAUGCUUUCAAAAAAACAAUAUAUAUAUUAUUAAUAAUAUGUAAUAUAUCAGAAAAUAAGGGAUAUUCUAUAUUAUUUCUAGUAAAUUGUAAUCUUACUUGUAUACCAAAAAAAGUUCUUUUAUCUAUGAGAGAGAGAAAGAAAAAGAGAGAGAGAGAGAGAGACAAUAUAUUAAAAUUAUAAACAAAAAAUGUAGUACAAGAAACUUACUUUAUCUCUCUUGAAUUCAAUGGUGCAAAGUAAUGUUAUCUAUAGCUAAUAGUAUGUAAUUGGGACUUAAUGAACACACACACAGGCACAAUAUAAAAAGAUAUUAUUCUUAUUACCUGUGGGAAUAUGAAAUUAAGUAAUCCGAGGGUCACUAUGAAAACACGAAAAUGAUGUUCACUGGAAUCCUGAUAAGGCCAUUGUCCUACAAGUAAUAAUAGUCUCUUAUUGAGCCUAUAGUAGGGGUGAUCGAAAGCGUCCAUAGCGUUUCAAAAAUACCAAGUAUUCUGAAGUGAUCGAAGUUAAAAGGAAGUCUUAUUGGGAGGAGUCGACAUAAAAUAAUCACAGAGGAUUUACAUUUAUCCGAAAAUAUGAUUGCAUAGAACCAAAAAGAAGGAAACAAGUAUCAAUCAUCCAGUUAUGUUUGCCACGCAAAUAAGGUUAACAUGGCAUCUGAUGAAGAAUUAUCUUCACAUAAAAAGUCACAUAAGAAUUUAGACGAUAAAAAAAGGAAACAUAGUAAAAGAAAAAAUAAAAAGAGCAAGAAGAAGAUAAAAUGUAGUCCUUCAGCUUCUAGCAAUAGUAGUAGUGGCAGUGACAAUGAAGUUUGGGUUGAGAAAACUAUUGAAACUAUACAAUCUGUACAAAAAACUACUUCAGAUAAUAAUAUGAAAGAAUCUUGUAAGAGAGACGAAUGGAUGACCCUUGGAAAUUUAUUUCCAUGUAUAUCUCGGUCUGACUUACAAAGUGGUAAACAGGAAUUAAAGAAAAAAGAUAAUAGUACUUCGUCAAUCCUUGAUAAGCCAGGACAAAGUAAUAAGGAAUUAAAUCCGUAUUGGAAAGAUGGUGGUACUGGUUUACCUCAAAAUGAACCUGACAAAUCAGUCAAUAAAAAAAAAAUAGAUCCUAUUUGGUUAAAAAGAUCAUUGCAACGUGCUAGAGAACAAGCUCUGGAGGAAGGAAAAUCUUUAGAAGAAAUAGCUGCAGAAAGAUGGGGUUCUCUAGAAACUAUAAAUGCAAUGAUAGCAGAAGCCGAACAAUCAUCCUCCAAGUAUAAUCAAAAUUAUGAAUUUAAUAAUAGUCGUUAUCGUGAUAGAUACUCUAAUAGAUAUAGAGAAUCGGAACAAGAUCAUUCUUGGUAUAAAUCACGAAAUCGGGAUUAUGAACAAAAAUAUGAAUCUUAUAGGUCUGAUAAACCAUUGCGUAAACCAAAUUAUCAUAAACCUACAGAUGAUAAUGAUUAUCGUUAUAUAUCAGCUUCGAGUAAAUCAAAUUCACAUCGUACAAAAAAUUGGAGAAAAGAUAAUGGUACUAUAAAUCAAUCAGAAUCAAAUGUAGAAACAAUUACCAAAGAAAUUGUAGAAAAGAACGAUCAAGUUUUUGAUACAAACACACAAUCAAAUGAAAUUUUAACCAAAGAAGAAAUGAAUAAAUUAGGAGCAAAAAUUAUCAAAGCUGAAAUAAUGGGUGAUAAUGAGUUGGCAAAUCGCUUGAAGGAACAAUUAGAAAAAGCAAGAGAAUUUUCAAAUCAAGCAGAUAAUUCUGAAACAGAAAAUAUUAUUCUUUCAAGAACAGAUUCAAAAGGUGUUACAAGACCCAUACAACCGAGGUGUCAACCUAAAGAGUCUUCAACUAAAUCUAAAAAGAAUAAGAACGUGGAAACACAUGUUUCUGGUGAACGAGUUCGUUACUUCGGUGACGACGAUAAAUAUUCAUUGCAUCAACUGUUUCAGCGCGAAAAAGGACGUUCUGCGGAUGAUGACAAUGCUGCGUUUGUUAAAAUUGCAUCUAAGAACAUGGAUAUGAACGAUAUAUUUGAAGAACAAAUUGCACGAGCAGAUACGGACAGUAGACAAGAUGAUCGAGAUAAAGCGAGGGCGAUUAAAGAACAUAAAAGAAUAUCGAAAAGUCUGGAAGGAUGUUCGUGGUGCAUAGAAUCCAAAAAUAUGAUCAAGCAUAUGAUUGUUACAAUGGAUUCACACAUCUGUCUUAGUCUUCCGACCAGAGUAUCGUUAGUAACUGGACAUUGUAUAUUAACACCUUUACAACAUGUAUCUUGUCAAUUGCAAUUAGACGAAGACAUUUGGGAGAAAAUGAAGAUUUUCAAACAAACAUUAAUUAAAAUGUUUAUGGAUUCCAAACAAACUCCAAUAUUUUUUGAAAUCUAUAAGAAUCGUCAUAAAUUUCCACACAUGCAAUUGGAAUGUGUUCCAUUACCCAGUGAAAGUGCAGACUUAGCACCCAUGUAUUUCAAGAAAGCUUUGUUAGAAUGUGAAACUGAAUGGAACAUCAAUAAAAAAAUUAUUGAUUUACAAAACAAGGAUCUGCGUAGAUCAAUACCAAAAGGAUUACCAUAUUUUAUGGUACAAUUUGGAGAUAAGGAUGGAUAUGCACAUGUAAUUGAAGAUGAACGCAUGUUUCCGACCAAUUUUGCUGAGGAAAUAAUUGGUGGAAUAUUAGAUUUGGAUCAUUAUUUAUGGAGAAAACCAAAAAGGGAAACGUUUGAACAACAAAGGGAGAAAGUCUUAAAUUUUAAGAAUACAUGGGACAAAUAUAAACAUUAAUUAAGUAACAAUUGUGUAAAUAAAUUUUAGAAAAAUCUAUGGGGGUUGCCUGGAGAACUUAUGUCGACUUAUAAAUGGGUUAAUAUUUAACCCUUUGCACUCGAGAGGUUACUCUCGGUCUGUAUAUAUGAAGAAAUUAUUGCAAUACA